CUUUAUCAGACUUCAUAAGUGGUAGGGGUAUUUGCACAGCAGUUAAAAGGGAUUACCCGCGAGAAAAAAUUACAGUCUCUUACGCGACUUAACAAUGAGCGCGAGAGAUAGUCUACGAAAAUCAACAGGCCAAGAAUACUCACGGGUGGCCUGUCUUGGUAACUUUGCCAUUUUACAAGAUUACUUGGCCGAAAAAGAAAGUUUCAUUUGGAAUAUAUUUUACUUACUGGACGUGCUUCUACGAGGUUUCAGUCAAGUAGUACUUACAAAUAAUCCAAUCAGCGGAUUAUUGGUAGUCAUUUCUUUAGGAGUGUCUGCUCCUGGUGAAUUAAUUUUUUCAUCAUGCGCUGGCUUUUUAGGUCUGCUGCUUUCAAUGUUAAUACGAGAUUCGCAGGAUGAUAUUGCGAACGGUUUAACGGUGUACAAUUCGGUGUUAGUUGGUGCUGUUUCCUACGUUUUGAUACCGACAUUUUAUGGAGCCUUUGAUACAUUUAGUAUUCUUAUGACGAUUCUGGCAGUAAUAUUCUGCGUUUAUAUAAGACGAGCCUUGAGCACCAACAAGUUGCCCUACACAGCAUGGCCACUUAAUCUGGCCGAAUUUACGUUGCUGUUUGUCCUUUAUGCGGAAAACAAUGGAUUUGGCACAAUAGAGAAACUACAACCAAUCAUGGGAAUGGACAAUGCAACAAGUGAUGCGACGACAGGCAAUGUCAGUUUCAUUGGAGAAAAUGCAACGAGGGCCCAUAUUGACUGGGGGAUGGUAUUUCACGGGAUUAUAGUGUCAGCGUCGCAGGUGCUAGUGGUUGAAAGCGUUAUCACAGGAACCAUCGUCUAUUUAGCUGCUCUACUUUUUUCACCGAUAACGGCUAGCUUCGCUUUUUUGGGAGCUUUUAUCGGUACAUUGGCAGGUUUGAUUCUCGGAGUAGAGAUCAAUGAAGUGUAUUCUGGAUUUUGGGGGUAUAAUGCUUUCUUAACUGGAGCUGCUCUAGGAGGAAAUCUUUUAGUAAUUAAUGGGCAAACAGGUGUAGCUACGAUUGUAGCGAUUAUGUUCACUGUGGUCGUACAGUAUUUUCUACUGUUUUUCUUUAGAAAUCUGAAAAUACCGGUACUAUCACUACCGUUCGUCCUGGUGUCCUCUUUAUUCUUGAAAUUAUGCGACAAUCCUGGGGAUAAAACCUUUCCACGACCACCAUCUGCUUCUUUUCCAGAAAAACAACGCCGGGAUUACAUUGCCACCCAGUGUGUGCUUAUUCAGCAAGUCAUCUGAAAAGUGACAACUUUUCACUUAGAUACUUUCCUUAAUUUUGGAUCACAAUUGACCCAGUUUCACCCUUCGAGAAUUUACUGGUAAUUGAUACAACACCAUAAUAAAUAAGUUAAUAAAAUGAAUGUUAAAUGUUCAAAUAUAAUUCAGCGUACAUUUUGAAAAUUUGAAUGUUAUGGGAAAUUUCAAACAUAUGAUCCGUGAAGAUCUGUAACGUUACAAUCGGUUUUACUUGAAAACAGAUUUUAUAUGUAUCCCCAACUGACAACCACGCCCUGAAGGACCGAACAAAUUGAUUUCUACCCUGCUCGAGCUUGCUUUUAUACGAAACCAAGGAAUCGUGUAUGGUGUGUAGUGUACGUGGUUUCAUUUCAUCGAAGGUUAUCGGUAGAAGCACUCGGCGACACAAUUCUGGUUUAUUUUAUUUGAAACGUCUAAAGAAUAGUCUGCACUCGUGCGGAUAAAAGGUGUACACACUACACGUUACUAUGAAAAGGAACAUUUUUUGCAGUUUAAGCGCACAGAAACUCACAAAUUCAGAAAAGACUUUUUAAUUAC